CUGGGGCACAUUGACAUUGAGAGAUCAGGGAAAAGAGAAGAAAUCAGCAAAGACGAUGAAAAGCAGGAGUGAGUGAGAUAGGAGAGCCAAGGGCAAGUGGAACCUGGAGGGAAAUCUGUGCUGAAUAGUCACAGGCUAGGGGACUAGAAAGAAGGAAUUGAAUGGUGCCAAGAAGCUGAGCUAGGCCCAGGGUUGUGCCUGCAGGGAGGCUGACUUGGGCUUCAUUUAGGGAAGGGCUUUCUGACUGAGCUGCCACAGGAGGUGUGGCAAGUCCCUGAUUCAGGUGAGUCCUGAAGCAUUGGCUGCUGGGUAGAAGAGGUCUACCUCCAGGCCUCAAGCAUCUGACAGGAGUUGGAGUAGCAGCUGUCAAAGUCCCUUCAAACUGGAGAUGAUGGGAUUCUGGGAAGCCAACAGAAACAACUGUCACAGAGUUGGGGGGCUAAGCUGAGCCUUGAAAUUAUGGGUCUCAUUGUACUUUGGAUUCCUGGGGCUGUGUUCUGUGGUAACCGGUGGCUGCAUUCUCUUUCUGCACUGGAGGAAGAACUUGCGACGAGAAGAGCGUGCCCAGGAGUGGGUGAAGGUGAUGAGAGCCGCCACGUUCACCUACAGCCCCCUGUUGUACUGGAUUAACAAGCGUCGGCAUUAUGGCAUGAACACAACUGUCAACACGGGCCCUCCCCCUGCUGUCACCAAGACCGAGACUGAGGUCCAGAAUUCAGAUCCUCUGUGGGAACUGGACGUCCCUGGGAGCAGGAGCUCUGUUGCCCAAGACAGCAGCCCCAAGGUGGAGGCCCCUGUCCCCCCGCAACCUGCACUGCAGCUGGUCCCCAGGCAGGCUUUACCUUCCCCAGUGCUGCAGUCCCGGACCAGCUCCCCACUCCUGGUGCCCAUCUUUCAGGAGGUGCCCUUUGCCCCUUCCCUGUGCAACCUGCCCUCAAUGCUGAACCACUCGGUCUCCUACCCUUUGGACACCUGUCCUGAAAGGAAUGUCCACUUCCAUUCCCUCCCCACGAUGGUCCAUGAAGACCACUGCUUCAGUGCCAAGGCUUUUGCCUCAGAAUUAUAGCCACCUCUCACUGAGGGUGGGAGCUGGAAGUAUUAUGGGCAGAGCAGGAAAAUGGACCGAACCUCGGGGAGGUGGUAUUGACACACAGACCAGAACUCAUCUGGAUGUCACAUUAUGAAAGACUAAAAAAAGUCCAAGGCUCCCUUGUGU